UUAGAGUAACAGUAUAUUUUGUCAACACAAUUUUAUAUAUAAGAUAUAAUGUUAGCCAUAUCUUCAACUUCUCAAAUCCAUGGCUAAUGGAGAUGAAAGCAAUAAUAAGCUUCACAUAGUUAUGUUUCCAUGGCUAGCUUUUGGUCAUAUUAUCCCAUUUCUUGAACUUUCCAAAUUCAUUGCUCAAAAGGGUCACAAAAUUUCUUUUAUUUCAACUCCAAGAAACAUUGAUCGUCUCCCAAAAAUUCCAUCUGAGUUUUCCAAUUCCAUAACUUUUGUAAAAAUCCCACUUCCCAAAGUUGAUGGCUUACCAGAAAAUGCAGAGGCCACUAUGGAUAUAACAAAUGAAGAAAUUAUUUAUCUCAAGAAAGCAAUGGAUGGUAUGGAAAAAGAGGUGACUAAAUUCUUGGAGAAAAAUAUUCCUGAUUGGAUUAUUCAAGAUUUUGCACAAUAUUGGUUAGCACCUAUUUCAACAAGAUUAGGGAUAUCAAGAAUUUUCUAUAGCAUCGUCAAUGCUUGGUUCAUUUCCUUCCUUGGUUCUAUUGAGAACAUGAUCAACACCAACAAUAGUUCACCACCUACGGUGGAGGAAUUUUUGGUACCACCAAAAUGGAUCCCAUUUGAAACAAAGGCGGCGUAUCGCCGCCACGAGGCACGUUGGAUGGUGGGGUCUAGCCAGAAGAAUGUUUCUGGCGUUUCGGACCUUUACCGUAACGGUGUCACACUUAUAGGGGUCGACGCUAUUAUUAUUCGUCACUGUCACGAGUUCGAAGGUCAGUGGUUGAAGUUGCUAGAGGAUCUUCAUCAUAAGCCUGUGCUUCCUACGGGGUUGAUGCCACCUAUAGUGGAAAGUAAUAGCGAUGAAACAAAUGAAUCUUGGAUAUCGAUUAAAGAAUGGUUAGAUGACAAGCCUAAAGGUUCGGUGGUUUAUAUAGCACUAGGAAGUGAAGUAACCAUUGGUCAAAGUGAAAUCAAUGAGCUAGCUCUUGGACUAGAGUUAUCUGGAAUAUCGUUCUUUUGGGUUUUGAGGAAGCCAUCCGGGUCGGGAAAUAUUGACCCGAUUGAGCUAUCGGAUGGGUUCGAGGAAACAACUAACGGUCAAGGCAUAAUAUGGAGGAGUUGGGCACCUCAAUUGAAGAUUUUGAGUCAUAAGUCAGUUGGUGGGUUCUUGACUCAUUGUGGAUGGAGCUCGAUUAUAGAAGGGUUAAUGUUUGGUCAUCCGUUGAUUAUGUUACCUUUUUUGGUUGAUCAAGGACUGAAUGCUAGAAUUUUAGAGGACAAAGGAAUUGGUGUAGAAGUUCCAAGAAACGAAGAGGACGGGUCCUUUACGAGGGACUCUGUGGCCAAAGCAGUAAAGCUAAUAAUGAUGGAAAAUGAUGGAAAGAUAAUUCGAGAGAAAGCAAAAGAAUUGAGUUCCAUGUUUGGUAACAAAGAUCUUCAUGAUAGGCACAUAGAAAAUUUGAUUGAAUUCUUGGAAGAUAGUAGAAAAGUGUCGAAUGGACGUGGAUCUAAUUAGAUCUUCGGAAACGGCUCAAAUAUGUCAUUGAACUAUCAGAAAUGGCUCAUUUAUGCCAUUCGUCAAUAGUUUGGCUCAUUUAUGUCAUCGAACUAUCAGAAAAGGCUCAUCCAUGCCAUGUUUCAUUAACGCAGGUUUUACAAUAUCAGAUAUGACACUUAGCCUCCAAUUAGAAGUCCAUAUCGUUUAAUUAAACCAGCACAAAUUUGUGGGUCGAGUUUUAGUUUAAUUUAGGAUUUAAUUUGUGUUGGUUUAAUUAAACGACGUGGACCUCUAAUUGGUGACCAAGUGUCAUAUCUUGUAUUGUAAAAUGGACUUUUUAGAAAAAUGGCAUGGAUGAAUCAUUUCUGAUAGUUCGAUGGCAUAAAUGAGCCAAACAAUUGACGAGUGGCAUAAAUGAGCCAUUUCUGAUAGUUCAAUGACAUAUUUGAGCCUUUUUCGUUAGAUCUUUAUGUAUGAAAAUUUUCCCACCCUCGCCUUUUUUUUCCUUUAUUGUUAUUUUUUAUCUUGUUUGUUGGAAAUGUUAUUAUGGUGAUGUACAUCUACAUGUCAUGUUUACGUGUACUUGCUUCUCAUUA